AUGAUCGUCAAUGGUGCAUCGGAUACUGUUUUAUGCCGUUGUUUUCCAAAUUAUUUAGACGGUCCUGCACUUGAUUGGUUGUGUGCUUUGUCUGUAGAUUCUAUCUCGCGAUUUCAGCAGCUGGCGAAGCUAUUUGAAGAACACUUUGCCGGGUCUGCGAUUUAUUUGCACGACUCCGAUUAUCUGAAUACGAUCAAACAGGGACAAAAUGAAAGCCUGAAGGACUACAUGACCCGCUUCACCAAAGUCGCCAUCAGCAUACCAGACCUCCACCCCGAGGUUCACCUACACGCAAUCAAAAGCGGACUUCGCCCUGGAAAAUUCCAGGAGAUCAUCGCAGUGGCCAAGCCGAGGACCCUUGCAGAGUUUUGCGAGAAAGCAAAAGGCCAAAUUGAUAUCGAAGAACUCAGACAAGCUCGGAAAUCUGAAAAGACAAACUACCGAGAUGAUGAUAAAUUCAACACUAAGCGGGAGGACAUAAUUAGAGAAAUCUUAAAUUCAAAGCCCAUCAAGCCACCAAGAAAGGCCGGUACUUAUCAAGAUACAAAGAACGUGGACAAGUCUAAAUAUUGUGCUUUCCACCAGAAACACGGUCACAACACUGACGACUGUGUGGUGGCCAAAGACCUAUUAGAAUGCCUAGCUAGGCAGGGACACCUUGACAAAUACAUUGGGGGUCACAUCCAAAAGCGCAGCACAUCUUCCACAACAAACGAUCUGUCCGAACAGCCAAACCGAGGAAAGGACAAGGCACAUUCAAGCCAAUACGAAAAACCUCGAGGUAUAAUUAAUUGUAUUUCAGGAGGAUACGCAAGUGGAGGAUCCUCAAAUUCGGCUCGAAAAAGAUCAUUCCGAGCAUUAUGCUCGGUGAACAGCCCACAACAAGAAGUUGAAAUGACAAAUACACAACCACAAGUGACUUUUACACACGCUGACUUCGACUCCAGCAUACAGAAUUUAGAUGAUCCCGUGGUCAUCACUCUUCAACUUGGAGAUUUGUUGGUAAGGAAAGUGCUCUUAGAUCCCGGGAGUAGCACCGAUGUUUUGUUCUAUUCCACAUUCCAAAAAAUGAAGCUCAGCGACAACAUGCUACAGUCAACAGGAGGAGACUUAGUUGGAUUCUCAGGAGAGCGAGUCCCAAUACUGGGUUCAGUGUGGUUGCAAACCACACUAGGUGAGCAUCCUCUUUCAAAAACAUAUGAUAUUCAAUAUUUAGUAGUCGAUUGUUUUAGUCCAUAUGAUCUUAUACUUGGCCGACCUUUUUUAAACAAGUUCGGCGCAAUUGUUUCUACAGUUCAUCUGUGUGUUAAGUUUCCUCUGCAAAACGAUCAAGUUGUAACAAUCCAAGGAGAUCACAAAGAAGCAUGCCAAUGUUACAACAUCAGCAUGAAACUCCAAAAUCAUCCCAGGAAACAAGUUAACAACAUCGGCCUUCCCAACGAAAGCAGCGCACUUGCCGACCUUGAUCCAAGGGCCGUCUUUCUCGAACGCCCCACACCAUCCGACGACCUGCAAAAAGUAUAUUUUAAUAAUGAUCCCAACAAAUUUACUUAUGUAGGUACAUCGAUCGACACAUCAGAACUAAAGGCCAUCACUAACUUCUUACAAAAUCAAGCCGACCUUUUCGCAUGGACACCUUCAGACAUGCCCGGCAUUGACCCACAAAUAAUCAGUCACAACCUAGCAAUAAGCUCAACUGCCCGACCAGUACAGUAG